UUUUGAUUUCUGAAACCCCGACGUGUCCAAGGUGCCGGUGACAACGGAUAUGUUAUUUCAGCUCAAUGUUACUUUGAUGCUUUCAUGAAAGGCAUCCGCCGGCAGUAUCACUAACUUAGUUAGUCACUUCAAUGGCCUACUAUGCAAUUAGAUCGUCCACUGCGCUUUGACGGCGAUCAGGAAUGCCGUAAACGCGCGGCAGAGCCUACAGCUUAUAAAGUGUAAGCUCACCCACCCUCUUCUUUCCUUGUUUCAAAUCAACAUCAUGGACUCGGCUAGCGAUACUAAUUCUGAGAAAAGGGAGGACCAUACUCAUGCCUCUAGUACCGUACACAGCUACGACGUCGACGUCGGUGCUCAGCUGAUCGCUGAGACAGACACUCCCCUCACUCCAGAGGAGGCCUCUCGACUGAGAGCUAAAAUUGAUUGGCAUAUUAUGCCACUCAUGUGUGUCAUGUACUUAAUCACGUUCAUGGAUAAAACCACUUUGGGAGAGGCAGCGGUACUGGGCAUACUCGAGGAUGCAAAUCUAACUGCUAACCAAUACGACUGGCUUGGCACGAUAUUUUAUAUAAGCUACCUCGUUUUUCAAUACCCUCAGAACUUGGCAUUGCAGCGCUUUCCUGUUGGAAAAUGGAUGAGCAUCAAUAUCUUUCUGUGGGCUGUGGUCCUACUAUGCCAUGCUGCUUGCAAAUCUUUCGGAUCAUUGUUAGCGGUGCGCUUCUUGUUGGGGAUGUGUGAAGGUGCUAUCACCCCCGGCUUCCUGAUUGUCACAUCCAUGUUCUAUACCCAUGCAGAGAAAACGAGGCGUAUCGGUUAUUGGUUUUUGAUGAACGGUUUUGCUGUGAUUAUUUUGGGUUUCAUUAGUUAUGGCCUCCUUUUCACGCAUACAACCUCCUUCAUGCCGUGGCAAUGGCUCAUGAUUAUUACUGGUACCGUUACAUUGAUCACCUCCAUGCUCUUCUGGUUGUUCUUCCCUGAUUCGCCCACAACCGCUCGGUUCCUAACUCCCGAAGAGAGAGUCGCGGCGAUUCGCAGAGUACAAGUGGACCAAAGUGGCGUGGAGAACAAGCAUUUCAAGAAGGAACAGUUCCUCGAAACCAUCAAGGAUCCAAAGACGUGGUUAAUGGCAUUCUUUGCAGGGUCCGCAAACAUCGUGAAUUCUCUCACUAAUCAACGCCAGUUGAUUGUUGCACAGUUCGGUUUCAAUGGUAUCCAAACAACUCUCCUUGGCUGUGUUGAUGGUGUGGUCGAAAUCCUCACCAUUUGGCUGGGAGUGGUUCUGGCUUCACAACCAUCCAUCGGCAGGUCAUAUGCUGGUGUACUAAUGUACAUUCCUGCGAUACUCGGCUCGAUACUAGUUAGCACACUUCCGUUCUCCAACAAAAUAGGUUUACUAUUCUCAUACUGGAUCUCAAUCUUUGCGAUUGCGCCAUUUACUAUCUUCCUUGGUUGGGUCAGUUCAAUAACAUCCGGACACACGAAACGGAUCACCACCAAUGGCAUCGUCUUGUCCUCAUAUGCGAUUGGAAAUGCCGUCAGUCAGUUCAUGUGGAAGGCACAGUAUCAACCCAGGAAUCACGUUCCGUGGGCUGUAAUCACAUCAUGCAAUUUUGCUGCCGGUGUCGCCUUGGUGGUUCUUCGUUUCAUGCUCGCCAGUGAAAACACGAAGCGAGAGCGUGAAACACCCGACAACAAGCAUGAUGCGGUGUACAUAGUGGACGAAUCGGGUGUGGAGAGGAAGGUGGACAAAGCCUUCCUCGAUCUUACGGACAAACAAAACCGCGACUUCCGUUAUGUCCUGUAGGUGUUACCUUAGUGAUCAUGCGUGAUUCCACGGAUUUCCAGUUCUUCGUCCUCAAGUGCUUUGGCAGACAAUAUGAUUGUUCAAUCUUUUAUACCUUACAUCCUGGUUAGAUCUUGUCCAUGCUUGUAUUGUUUGGUACUUCAGUGUUUGCUAUAAUUUCUGCGCCCAUGUUCUGAUAUAUUCCUUGUACAAAAUAGAGGUCUACUGUGUGCUAUGGUGAUACAAUAACUUCG